AAGGACGAAGCGAGGAGCCAGGAUCCCACCCGCCCUCUGCCUCCGCCCGCCAAGCCCCAGCAACAGUUGAGCUCUGGAACCCGAACGAUGGGUCUGCCGGAGGAGCAGCGCUAGGCAGGGGCGGCCGCGAGCCACACAGCCGGGCUGCGGCGAGGCGACCCCACGAUGGGCACGGGCAGCAGCAGGCCGGGGAAAGGGCGCAGCUCGGUGAAGCCCUGGCGUGGCCCCGGCCGGGGCAGCGGGAGCAUCAGCGCCCCCGCCAGGCAGGGCCGAGCAGAGAAGGAGCAGGGCGCGGCGGCGGCGGCGGAGGCCAGGUGCUACAGCCAAACGCCGGCGCGCGCCACCACCUCGCCGUCGGCGGGGGAGUCCGACUCGGACUCGGAGCUUCUGGACCGGGUGCUGGAGGAGUGCGGAGACGAAGGACUCGGGCAGCCGACGGGGCGACGCCGCCGCCCCCUCCUACUCGAGGCCGCCGGGGAUUGCUGCUCCCGCCCGGCAGAGGGCAGCGGCGGGGAGGUCUUUUCAGCGAGAUCCACUCCAGGCCUAGGGAGCAACAACUUUGCCAACCAGCUGCCACUCAAGAAGCUUGAGAGGCAGGCCAAGAUAUCCUACGAUUACUCCGAAGAGGAGCUGAUGGCAACGAUUGAGCAGGAAUACUGUCGCUGAAGCUGGUUGUGGGCUGUGCCAACAGUGACUUGUGAACAAGCUCACUAUGGGGCAAGAUAGUUGAAGCUGCAGCAGUGUUUCUCAGAAAGGUGUUUUCUCUGGGAUGGGGAGGGGUGGGGAAAGCAAGAGCAGAGAAGGCGGCAUGCCACCAUCCAGGAAGGCUGGUAGAAUCCCCAAACAGGCUGGAGAAACUUCUGCAGAUUUCUCUCUGCCAUUGUGUCAGGAUGUGGCCUUACAGGGAAGCACCAUCGCCUUCAUCCUCAAAGUCUUGGGAGACAUGCAGCAAGGGAGUUGAAUGAUUGUUUUCGACUGUCUGCACUUUUGCCUUUCCUGCGGGCCAGCUAUGAUCCUGUCAAACCCCAAGCACUAACCUGUACAUUAUUAAAGCAUAUAUUCCCAGGAAACUG